UCAUAGAGCUAUUAACAGAAGGAGAUCUGACUCUCUCAAACGCUUUGCCCCAUGCGCGGCACCGCUAAUCCCCUCUCAGCAGGGUCCCUCACGGCGCAUUACACAGGCCGCUCGUAAAUCAGAUAAGGAAAGUUGAUCGACGCAGUAGACAGCUCGGAUUUGCGCUUGCGCAGUAGCGUUUUCACCCAUAAUGCAUUUCACAUCGGCUACACAAAUUUUAUGCAAACAUGGCGGCUCACGACUUCGUAGAUGAAAAUCUGGUUUUGGAACCAACUGAAUGGGAAACGGACAAUUCCAGCGAAGAGUUCUGUAUAUGUGGGACUCCGUCCACGGAUGAGAUGAUCUUCUGCUCAAGUUCAGGUUGUCCCAUCGCAUGGUUUCACAGAAAAUGUGUUGGAUUGGCCGACGACUUCGUCGAAGACUGGAUCUGUGAAUUCUGCGAUAGCGACUCGGCCUCGGUCUCCGCGCGUGGAAUUGGCUCUGGCUCGAGCUCGACAGCUCCAGUUUUGUCAAGCGGGAAGCCUGGUAACAGCUCUAUGCCUGAACCUGGACCAAAGGAAACUGCCAAGCAAGCUAAACCAAUUCUGCCCAGAUUUGGUGCUUUGAUGAAGCCUCGUGAGGAAAUCCUCGCCAACGCACACUAUUUUGCCCGGGAUGCACUUGAAGAUCUCCGACAGGAUGAAGUGUACCUGAACACUGUUGAGGGACAAAAGAUUGUGAAACUGGCCAGCGACAUUGACUACAAUGGGGAAGACUUCAAUGAAGCAGCAGAGGUGAUAACAAAGGAUCUUUUGGAAAUAGUAAUGUCAGCAGAAGGCAAGCUGCCUGGAUCAUCUGCAAACUGUGCCAUCAUCAAGAACUAUCAAGUUUACCAGACAAGUAGCCGGUCUUACAACAUAUUCGUGAAGUUGCUUGGAAGUGACAACCAGUCAACAAAGUUUUUCCAGCAGUAUGUGCUACGGGCCAUGCUAGAGAAAAUCAUGAAAGACAGUGUUAAGGAGGACUUUGAUGCUGGAGCUCCAGUAGAUAAACUAUCACGUGAGGAGGAACAAGCCCUCCGCUACCUGGCUGGGUACAUCCCGUUUGCUCUCCACAGGCGUUAUAGCAAACUUCAGUCAAACCCUGCAAAGGAAUUGGCAGCUUUUCUUAAUGGGUGGAGAAAAGAUGAUGAUGACGAUACUAAUGCAGAUACUUUUCUCCACUACACUUCAGUGUGGUUGACCUACCAAAACAGGGGUGGACUUUUUGUAGUAUCAGACAAUGUAUACUUGUUUUUCAGGUCCAUUGAAUUUGUUUCCCGUAGACUUUUUGUUGGCAAUUGUCUACAGGGAGGUGAGACAAUCAAAGAAAAAUUGAUCAAGCACUUGUGUGGGAGCACACAUGUUCAGAGAAUGUGGGGUGUGCUCUCAAGUGAAUUGUGCAAGAACUUGGCAGAGAGCUUGUUUCAAACCAUUAUCCAAUACUGGAUCAAGAUUAGAGUUUCAGCCUAUGUUAGGUCCUAUGUUAGCAUCGUAAAAAAUCAGGAAAGAAAUGACAGGAAAUCAAAAAAGAGCCUUCGAAAAGGACUCAAAGGAAAACAGAAAGAUGCCAGCUUGUAAACUCUGUUUCUUGCCAGCCACGCAAUAUUGGAUUCAUUUAGCUAACACUUAUCCAGUCUUUGGACUAUUAGUGCAUUCUCUUUUGAUAAACCAGAUUUAAAGAAGUCCACCCAACAAGAAGUUGAUUAAUUACUGUAAAAAGAUAAACAUCCAACAUUCCUAAAAUAAAUUUCAUUGCAAUUGACUAACCCAUCCAUGAGCUGAUUUCUCCUUUGCAAAGUUUGACUGAAGUUUCAUCUUACUGUAUGUUCAUUUUUAAUUAACUUUUUAACAUUGACAAUUACAGAUACCCACAUUAAAGAAAGCACAGAAAGAUUAUAAGAAAGCCUUGCUUUGAAUGUGUUGUAACUCAUGACAUUUAGAUAUUGUUACUGUAAAUUUUAUUUACAUGUAUUUAUAUACAUGUACAUGUACUCAUUUUUUUACAUACAUGUACCCGUUACUGUAGUCUGGUCUCAAAAAGAUUGUUGCCACUUGCGGCAAAUGUUUCACUUACAAUUUACAUGUAUGGAAGGUCAAUUUAAAAAAUGUUUCAGCAAUACCAGUAUACAAAAGUUUGAAGUACAAUCACAUUGAUAAAAUUAUUUGCAUAUUUUUGUAAUACUCUUAUCUGAUAGAAUUUGUCUUGACUUGAGGUUAGGCAUUGUAAACACUCAUAAAAUCGUGGAAAUCUACAAGUACAUGUACAUGUAUGCACUAUGCUGUAUGAUAGACUUCUUGUAUCAUUUAAACUGAAUGAAUUGGACACAUUUCAUUGAGAUAAAAAAAAAUAUUUAUUAGCUGUUCAAAAUACGAUGUCCUUAUACGUGUACAUUAUAAACAGUAAUUUUAUACACUAUAUAAAAGUGAGAAUAUUCAUACUCUUGGAUCAAAUACAUGUAAAUCUGUUCGACACGAGGCAGAAUUCAAAUUGGAAGAUGUGAAUAAAGAUGUGAAAAAAAGUAUAGGGCAGAAUUUGUUGUUUACAAACAAUAUGUCAUUUACAUGUGUGAUUGGCAGUCACACAUUUUAGACUUUUAUUCUUGCAUCACAUAAUUAUGAAGUUCAAAUCCUUUUCCAACAUAUGGUAUGUUCUCCACCUACUCUUUUUAUCAACUAUUUCAGUGCUGAAAAUACAUGUGUACAAGGUGCUAUAGUGUAAAAGCAGUUCCAUUUUUUUUUAGAAUGUGAAGACAAAAGUAAAUCAUGAAAUUUUAAUAGAUUAAUGUAUGUUUGGAAAAAAAAUGGCAAAACUUUGGCGUGAUAUUAAAGUACAUUUGAGCAGUUAUGCAUGAAAUAUAUAAUAUACCUGAUGGAAAGCACCAACCAUUCCAGUAAAGCACCCUAACAACAAAUAAUAUAGGCAUUUAACCACAGUCAGUUAUUGAAAUUUCUUUCUGGUUAAUACUGUAUUCUGUACAAUAUGGUAAUUGAUGAAAGUUGUACUUGUAAAUAUACAUGAGUAAAAGAAAGUCAAUUCAAAUGUGAUAUCAAUAUCUUGUCCGUUUCAUUGAUUUUUCACUUUCUUCUGGAAGGGAAUGACCAUGAACAUUUACAGAUCAUGAGACGAAAACCUCGGUCACAUUUGCUCUAUGGCGGCCGUACAGUAAGUCAAAAAUAAGAAAAUUUGAUAUCUUCAUCAGCGGCAUAUAGUUGGUUUGAAGAUUAACGAAAAUGGCUGGGUUUUUUUGUCGCCAUGCGGCCACCUUGGAGCAAAUGAGACUGAGGUACAUGUGUAAUGGAAAGUAGGAAUAAACAAAGAGUUGAAUGAGAAAAAUAUUAAGAGAGGGAGGAAAGCAAGAACUGGGAAGAGAGAAUGAAGAAAACAGGAUCAUAUUGCAAAAUGAUACUAUUAUUGAAAAAUAAAAGAAAAUCAAAUCAAAUUUCCAGCAAAAAUCACUUCACAAAAAGAGAGAUGGUGAAUAAUGAAAAGUUGGCAAAAUAAAAACAUCUCAUCUCCAAAUACCUUUACAAGUGAUUUACUUGCUCUGAGACAUGUUUAAACAACAGAAGAUGCCUUACAUUUAUCACAAGUUUGUAAAGAAAAAAAAGCGAAGAGAAGAAAGAGCAAAAUGCAGAGAGAAGAGAUAUAAGAAAGCAAAAUGCAGAGA